AUGGCCCAAGAACAUAAGAAUGCACUAUCAUUGGUUGAAAAACUUGAUAAACAUCAAACAAGAAUAUUGGUCUAUAGAGGAUUAUUUUCAUAUGAAGCUUUGUUACAUUCACUAUCAAAAACAUGGUCAAAACAUUAUGGUAUCAGAUCAAAAGAAUCAUCAUCAUUCAAACGGGACUCUACAUUAUUGGCGGUCCCAUACAGAGCCAAAGAUACACCCUCUGAAAGGGCAGAGUAUGGUCAUCCUGAUUUUGUAAUCAUCCUCACCUACCUUUCAUAUUACAAUCAAGGACUGACAUUUAAUCAAUUCCAAAAAACAUUGGAUUGUAUCAUAUCAAGUAACAAACAUGAUGCAUCAGAUAUCUACAGAUCAUGGACAGAUUAUGAUCAAUCAAUUGAAGAGAAAUAUAGAGAUUUUUCAAAUUUCCCAUCCAAAUUAUUUGCCAACCCAUGGGAUUUGGUUUAUCCAAAAUCAAACUCCAAGAAUAAUAUUUCGUGUGGAUUCAGUGGAGCAUUGAUGAUUGGUAAAACCAAUGAAGAUGUUGUCAAGAGAUGGUUGGAAUUGGAAUCAACAACAAGAAUAGAUGGAGCUCUAUUUUUUGAAAAUGAUAAAUUGACAACCAUCGAUAGAGAAGGAAAAAAAUUCCUUUUUAGCCAAUCACCACUCUCUGAUAGAUUAGAUAGAGUUUUAGUUUAUUUGGAUGAUUAUCAUACUCGUGGUGUUGAUAUUAAACUUCCAAUCAACAGUAAUGCAAUCGUAACAGUUGGAAACAAGAUAACAAAAGAGAAACUACUUCAAGCAUUAUCGUUCCCAGAAACUCUCUCAUUAUUCGAUAUGUAUUCUUCAUUGUACCGAAAAGAAAAAGGUGAUGUAGUUGUUUCAUCAAUGGUAUCUAAAUUGGAGAAAACAUUUAACAAAGAUGUUGGAGAUGAAAGUAUAGUGGUCGCACUAGACCCACAACAUUCCAAACAAGCAAACUUGAUUGGCCACUAUGCAAAGGACAAAAUGAAAGAUCAAAUCAUUUAUUCCAAUAUGGUUGAAGAAGAACAAGAGAGAGAGUUUGACAUAGAAGCUGAAGUAGAAAUCCAACGUCAAUUACCUCCACAAGUAACCCCUUACAAAGAAAUUAUUUACGAGGGUUGGAGAGACAUCCUCAUUGGGUCGACAUGCAUACAAAACUGUCCAUCAAUAUUCCAACCAAUCAAAGAAAUAUUCAAAGAUACAUUGGUUUGGAAAUGCCUAGAGAUUCAACAGGAUUGUUUCUCAUCAACACUAUGGGCAACUCAAAACUUUACCAAGACUAUUAUCAAUCAAUACAACACCAUCAAAAAUAUCGAUGAAUUAUAUUUUGGUUUUUCAAUGAAAGAAGCAAAUCAUUUAAUCCACAUGUUUGAUCAACUAGUUUGUCAAAAGGUAAUCAUUGUUGCAUCGCUCCAUCAAACAAUCCAAAGAGAUCGUCCAAACCAAAGAGAGUAUUUCAACAAGGCAUCUACAUUGUUACCAUCAACUUUUAAUUAUCAAUCAACCCAUCCAUUAUUAAAUCAAAUCAAUGUAUUGAAUGGAUCAAAAUACUUUGAUCAUCUACCAGAGAUUUAUCAAUUCCUUGGGAUCUUUAGAUGUGAAUCAAAAACAAUCAUGUCAAAACUAAUCAACAAUGAUUUUAUUGAUCAAUUUGGUUUUGUAUUAGAAGGUGUCAAACCAAGUCAUAUCGACAAACUCUCGAUAGAUGAUACUCUAUCCAACCAACUACUCUCAAUCAUCAAAACAAGAAGAUUUAAAAAAUGUCCAAUCGAUCUACUUGAAAAGAAUUUUCAACUCCAAAGAAUUUAUUCAAUUGGAUAUAGUCACAUUGAAAAAAUUAUAAAUAAUAAAUAA